AAAGCCCACCGACACCGAGGGCUUGGCUUCACAAAACACAUCUUCACGCGUUGCAUAUCGGACGGAGGUGUUUCUCUGAAAAGUCGAAAACAAGCUGCAACAAAGAAGACACAUCAGAGGAGAGAAACAGAUAGAGGGGCAAACAUGGGGUUACAGUGGAUGGUACUUGGCUACGUCGUGGCGGCGGAGGCUGCAAUAGCACUUGUCAUAACACUGCCAUCGCCAAAGCUCGUGAAAUCUCGGAUCGUCUCUCUCGUAUCACUUCUCCUCAGUCCCCUCGCCGGCGUCAUCCCCUUCGCCGCUUUCCAGCUUCUAGAUAUCUAUUGGAAGAAUGAGCACCGACUGAUUUGUACGUCGGAAACCUGCACCGCAGGUGAAAGAGAUCGAUACGAGAAAUCGAUUUACAAAGCUCAAAGGAAUGCUCUUUUGUGUGGAGCUGCAUGCCUUCUGUACUGGUCAAUCUGCGCCAUUUGUAAAUAUUACAAGAAGAUUCAAAGUUUAGAGGAAGUCGAGAAGAAAUACAAGGAUCAGUAGCUGUCCUCAUCAAGGCAUCCUUCUUUAGACUGAGGUGGAGAGACUGGUUAAAGUACUAUUACUCUAUAAAAAAAAAAAGAUAUUGACUGAGAUAUCAGGAUUGUUUUGGACUUGUGUGCCUAGGGUUUUUAUGUACCUGCUCCUUUACAUGUAGAAAUUAUUCUUGAACAUGUUUGAAUAUCCUUGCUAAACAUGCUUCUCCACUUAAUCCUCUUGAAAAAUUUAUUUUGUUGCCA